CCACCUUCUUUGUCUACGGCCCAGCGUAUCGGCACCACCCGGGGGGUUGUUUAUAUUUUUCCUUUUAAUUUCGAGGAUAUAUUUUCUAAUAUAUCCCUAAAUUUCUGACAUUUAAUGACCGUCGACUCUGAACUAUUUAUGCCUAAAAGUAAAGCGCCCAAAAUGGAUGACCUGGACUACAUCCCUGUAGACCUGAGCCCAGAGGAGCGCACUGAGCUGGAAGACAUCCGCAGGAGGAAGGGUGUAUUGAUGCAGGAGAUCCAGAGGCUCAGGGAGGAGCUGAGAGAGGCUAUUCUUGAAGUGGAGGGACUGGAGAGCAGUACAGAGGGCAGUAAAACUUUACAGAAAAGCCGGCAUGUUGCAAUGGGACGGAAGAAAUUCAACAUGGACCCAAAAAAGGGCAUUAUGUUCCUGGUGGAGAACGAGCUGCUCAGACACACAUCAGAGGACAUCGCACAGUUCUUGUACAAAGGAGAAGGCCUCAACAAGACUGCUAUAGGAGAUUACCUGGGAGAGAGAGAUGACUUCAACAUCAAAGUGCUUCAAGCUUUUGUUGACCUCCACGAGUUCACAGAUCUCAACCUGGUCCAGGCCCUCAGACAGUUCCUGUGGAGUUUCCGUUUACCUGGCGAAGCACAGAAAAUUGACAGAAUGAUGGAGGCUUUUGCUCAAAGAUACUGUCACUGCAACCCCGGCGUCUUCCAGAGCACAGACACUUGUUACGUGCUUUCAUUUGCUAUAAUCAUGCUGAACACCAGCCUCCAUAACCCGAACGUGAGGGACAAACCUGGAGUUGAUCGCUUCAUCUCGAUGAACCGAGGCAUCAACGAGGGGGGCGACCUGCCCGAAGAGCUGCUCAGAAACCUUUAUGAAAGCAUAAAAAACGAGCCUUUUAAGAUCCCAGAAGAUGACGGUAACGACCUGACACACACCUUCUUUAACCCGGACAGAGAAGGCUGGCUCCUUAAACUCGGAGGAAGAGUGAAAACCUGGAAACGUCGAUGGUUCAUUCUCACAGAUAACUGCCUUUAUUACUUUGAAUACACAACAGAUAAGGAGCCUCGAGGCAUCAUUCCUUUAGAAAACCUUAGUAUUCGUGAAGUGGAAGACCCGAGGAAGCCUAACUGCUUUGAGCUGUACAUCCCAAACAACCGCGGCCAGCUCAUCAAGGCAUGUAAAACGGAGGCCGACGGGAGAGUGGUGGAAGGAAACCACAUGGUGUACCGCAUCUCUGCACCCACCCCAGAGGAGAAGGAUGAGUGGAUCCACAGCAUCAAAUCUGCGGUUAGUGUGGAUCCCUUCUAUGAAAUGCUUGCCGCCAGGAAGAAACGUAUAUCAUUGAAGAAAAAAGAGGAGCAACCCUAGAUUACUUCCACCGUUCCCUCCUCUUUUACGUCAUCCCAGCACCUCACUAUGUUUAACUCUUCCUCCUCAGAUGCCUCCUCUUCCUGUUUCGAGGCCUCCUGUUUAACUCGUCCACCAGACUUUGAAAAGCUGCGAUCAGAGACCUACUGUUGCUGUCACGUGUUCUGCUGCUGUUACACCUCAACACACUACAUCUAGAGCACAAAAAGCUUCUCUUGUCUUCUCUCCUUCACUCUGGUUUUAGUGGACUGUGAAGUGUCUUCUGGACUUUAUUCACACUAGUGCUGAUCAGUUUUUUGGGACACAGCAGUUGCUGUUUAAGGCUUUUUUUUCAACCACACUGACUCCAAAUUUACUCACUUUGAAUGCUUGAAAGGCUUUUUUUAAGAUGAUAAUUUUUAGUAAUCUUCACUUGCAGGUGCACUUUUUUUCUUUUAAAGCAUGAUAAAACUUGUAAGCUUCUUGUAUUUGACCUUUAACACAGUAUUUAACGUUUCCCUGGGACUCUUAAGCUUGUGGCGCACUUACACAAAACUUCCUGAAAAGUUAGUGCAGAUUUAAAAAAAAGCCUUAAAACAGUUUUUUCUCACAUUUAUCUGCAUUACUGUGAAUAUAGUUUCCUUUAAAGUAGCAGCUCAAUGAAGUUUUUGACGUUAAUUUUCUUUAUUUUUUUAUUUUAUUUUAAUUUUGAUUACAUAAAACAAUGUGAAUCAAACACUAAAUGUUUGUUUAGUGCAGGCAAACUGACUGUCAGAUUGAGAGAUGCUCAUUUGUUGCUGUAGUCCUCACAUGGUUUAAGUUCACAUCCAAGUUUAAGUGAUGAAACAUCUUAGUGAAAAUAACGAUGUAUAUUUACACAGGAUUGUAUAGUGGAGUUGUGCAGAUAUCUGCUUGUUUCUGCUCUCUACAUGUACUUUAGCAUGUUUCUCAACAUGUUUGAAUGCUAGUGGAGUAGAACAUUGUAACCUAAACUAAUUCUUCAUCUUUACUGAGCGGUUACAGCAUGUCACGUCAUCUUCGUGUCCACAAAGUGAACGCCGUCUCACAUCUGUAAUAACGUCAUACGAGUCGGAUCUGUUUGAGUUUCAUGGAAUGACAAAAGGCAGCUCAUUACGAUGUACACUUUUUUUUGUAAAUAGAUAUUGGCAUAUUUGUUUACGAGACGCAUAGAUUUGAUUUGUUUACUUUUUUUUAAAAUCUCUAUUUUGUACGAGCUAUUGUUUAACUGCAUGUUGAUGAACGGAGGUGUCGGUCCUAUUGCUGACCAUUCUAGUGCACUGGUUUGAUAAGUGUUAGUGUUCCUCGUUGACUCGCAGGGACUGAGUUUAAUGUUGACGUUGAUCCUGCUGGUUGCUUUUGAAAUUAUAAAUUUAGUCAUUUCAUUUAACUUUUGCUUAUAGUUUAUGGUUUUCUCAAGUGAUUCCUACUUGUCAAAGCACAAAGCAGAGAUCAGUCACUUCCAGCUAAAGUAACAGGAACAGGAAGCUGUUUACAAACUGAGACUGUCAGCCUCCUUUAUGACAGUGAUUGGAAUAAAGUGAGCAUUAAACAAGGAACACUAAUGAACCUUAGAAUAUUAUAGUUAAAAACACUUAGAAAUGUUUAGAUUUGAGUCCAGUUCAUAAACUACUAAUCUGAUUAUUUGUGUAUUAGAUUGUUGGAUAAACAAUGGUAUACGGCACUUUAUCAUGUUUGGCAUUUUUAGAGAAAGAAAAAUGCUGCUAACUCUGACUGAUUUUGAUUUUCCACAGCGCCCUCUGCUGUUAGUUGCACACACUGCAAUAGUUACAGAAGCAACAGUUUCUCCCAGCAAGUACGGAGUUUAUUGAAUCGCCUGUUUGGAUCCUGUGAAAUCAAGCUGAACAAAAUUGUUUCUGUUAUUUUAGCAGCUUUUAAAGCCACUGCAAAGUAAUCUAACUUACCUAACUACACCGUCACAGUGACCAUCCAUAGCUUUUAAUGUUUUUUUAAGUGCAAAGUUGCCAAAAAUAMAAAAAAAAAAAAAAAAAAAAAAAAAUUAAGGGGAAAAUGAGCACUGAAAUGAUCACCUUGAAAGAGAUUCUGGUUUCAGAGGAGUUUCACUGUGGAUCCACACUUUUCAGAAACUGUACCUUGUUUGUAUUUAUUUAUUUUUAGUUUAUGUAUGUGAGAUGAAUGUGGAUUCAUCAUCUGUAGCAAAAGCAAAGGAAAAACCACAAUACAAUGGUACCAGUAAAGUACUGUGUAACAAUAAAAGGUAAACUGACA